GGCCUGGGGACCCCCCGGCCCUUGCCUGCCCGCCCUCCGACGCCCAGACGUGCCCUCCCCGCGCGGGGGGUUCGCCUCGGUCUCCCACGUCUGCCUCUGCCCGGCUCCCGGCGGCCCCAGCUGUCACUGCCCCCCCCCCCAGGAUGCAAUGGCACAGCCCCCCCGGCUGAGCCGCUCUGGUGCCCCCCCACUUUGGGACCCAGCCUCCCCUGCUCCCACCUCAGGCCCCAGGCCUCGACUUUGGGAGGGUCAAGAUGUGCUGGCCAGGUGGACGGAUGGACUGCUAUACUUGGGGACCAUCAAGAAAGUGGACAGUUCCCGGGAGGUGUGUCUGGUCCAGUUUGAGGACGAUUCCCAGUUUCUGGUUCUAUGGAAAGACAUUAGCCCUGCUGCCCUCCCCGGGGAGGAACUCCUCUGCUGUGUCUGUCGCUCUGAGACUGUGGUCCCUGGAAACCGGCUGGUCAGCUGUGAGAAGUGUCGCCACGCUUAUCACCAGGACUGCCACGUUCCAAGAGCCCCAGCCCCUGGAGAGGGAGAGGGCACAUCCUGGGUCUGUCGCCAGUGUGUCUUUGCCAUUGCCACCAAGAGGGGGGGUGCACUGAAGAAGGGCCCCUAUGCCCGGGCCAUGCUGGGCAUGAAGCUGUCACUGCCAUAUGGACUAAAGGGGCUAGACUGGGACGCUGGACAUCUGAGCAACCGACAGCAGAGCUACUGUUACUGUGGUGGCCCUGGGGAGUGGAACCUGAAAAUGUUGCAGUGCCAGAGCUGCCUGCAGUGGUUCCAUGAGGCCUGCACCCAGUGUCUGAGCAAGCCGCUCCUCUACGGGGACAGGUUCUACGAGUUCGAAUGCUGUGUGUGUCGGGGUGGCCCUGAGAAGGUCAGGAGGCUACAGCUUCGCUGGGUGGAUGUGGCCCAUCUCGUCCUCUAUCACCUCAGCGUUUGCUGUAAGAAAAAAUACUUUGAUUUUGACCGCGAGAUCCUCCCCUUCACCUCUGAGAAUUGGGACAGUUUGCUCCUCGGGGAGCUCUCAGACACCCCCAAGGGAGAACGUUCUUCCAAACUCCUCUCUGCUCUCAACAGCCACAAAGACCGUUUCAUUUCAGGGAGGGAGAUUAAGAAGAGGAAAUGCUUGUUUGGUCUCCAUGCUCGGAUCCCUCCCCCUGUGGAGCCCCUUACUGGAGACAGAGCCCCCACCAGCUUCCCUUCAGGGCAGGGCCCUGGGGGAGGGGUCUCACGUCCCCUGGGGAAGCGCCGGAGGCCGGAGCCAGAGCCCCUGAGGAGGAGGCAGAAGGGGAAAAUGGAGGAGCUGGGGCCACCCUCAGCAGUGCGCAAUCAGCCCGAGCCCCCGGAGCAAAGGGAGCGGGCUCGUCUGCAGAGGGCACUGCAGGCCUCAGUGUCUCCACCAUCCCCCAGCCCUAACCAGAGUUACCAGGGCAGCAGCGGCUACAACUUCCGGCCCACAGACGCCCGCUGCCUGCCCAGCAGUCCCAUCCGGAUGUUCGCUUCCUUCCACCCCUCUGCCAGCACCGCAGGGACCUCUGGGGAUGGUGAACCCCCAGACAGGUCACCCCUGGAACUUCACAUUGGUUUCCCCACAGACAUCCCUAAAAGUGCCCCCCACUCGAUGACUGCCUCAUCUUCCUCAGUCCCAGCCCCCUCCCCAGGUCUUCCUAGACGCUCUGCACCCCCUUCUCCCCUGUGCCGUAGUUUGUCUCCUGGGACUGGGGGAGGAGUCCGAGGUGGGGUUGGUUACCUAUCCCGAGGGGACCCUGUCCGGGUCCUUGCUCGGAGAGUACGGCCUGAUGGUUCUGUGCAGUACCUGGUUGAGUGGGGAGGUGGGGGCAUCUUCUGAACAGCCUGCCUCUGCCUACUUCCCCAUUCACACACACCGGCACUUUCAUACCCUGACCUCUGACCUCACCUACAGCUGGGAUGUACCUGGGGAGGUAGGGGGAUAGUUCUCCCUACUGCCCAGGCUGGAAUCCAGGUGAGGGGUCUGGGGAAGAGGCUCUCUCUUCUCUAUUCCCUUCCCGAUUCCUGACCCUUCCUCCAUCCCUCUUCCUAUUUCCUUUGAUGUUAUUUUGUUACAGCUUUUUAAAUAUUUUUUAAAAUUAUUUAACCCCUGGGGACGGAGACUGAGGAGGGGGGGAAUGAUAAGGGGUCCCAGACUCUGUAUGAUUGAAAUAAAGGUAAAUAAACAAA